AUGGACAAUCGUGCUGCGGAACUUAUACUCAGGGAACGGAACAUUUUCCCAACCAGUGGUUCCGAUAACAUCGCCCUGCUCAACAACAUGUUCGUUUUGGAAAUGUUCUAUAGCAUCACGCAGCUGUAUCAUUUCAAGAACUUCGUCUUUUACAUAUCCGAAAGGCUCGAUCUGAACAACAAGGACGCGCAGGAGUUCUUUCACAAUUUCUGGACCUAUUUUCCAUUGGCGCCCAACCUGAUAAUAACGAGGGAGCACCAUUUGGGCAUACCCAUGAUGCAGUUCAUCAGCACUCCAUCGCUGGUGAUGGUCUUCACUACGGGCAAGGACGAUCCCAUCAUGGAGCUGGCCUCCCACAAUCAACAGGGUAUUCACUGGCUCAAGACGAUCUUCGUCCUUUUCCCCAGCCUAGAAAGCCGUGACUUCCAAACAAAUCCGCAGUCAUUAGCCCACUUCAAGUCGGAGAUUACGGAUGUCUACGAUUGGGUGUGGAAGAAGCAGUUCAUCAACACGCUGUUGAUCACCAUCAAGGAUAAUGUCUUCAUACUGGAACCCUAUCCCACGCCCUCGAUUGUGAACAAAACGGGCGUUUGGAGAGCAGAGGAGUUCUUCCAGAAAUAUGCCAAGAACAUGAAGGGCUACGUGAUAAGGACCCCCAUCAUGUACGAUAUGCCGCGGGUCUUCAAGUCGGAUCGGCCCUCCAACAGCUACGAGAAGAAUUUCAUCCACGGCACCAGUGGGAAUUUGUUUCUGGGAUUCCUGGAAUUCGUGAAUGCCACGCUGUUGGAUGACAGCGCCAAUGUGACGGAUGACUACUUGAACAUGACGAACCUGCUGGAUUUGGUUUCCCUGGGAGUGUACGAGACGCUGAUACACUCCUUCACCGAUACUACCAAGUACGUGGUCAGCUACAGCUAUCCCAUUGGCAUUAACGACUGCUGCAUCAUGGUGCCCUAUCGCAACCAAUCGCCAGCGGAUCAGUACAUGCACGAGGCUCCAGAGAAUGUGUGGAUACUGAUCUGCCUGUUCACGCUCUACAUAACUGUGGCCAUCUACUUGUGUUCACCGCUGCGACCACGUGACCUCAGUGCCGCAUUCCUGCAGUCCAUCUGCACCCUGACCUACAGUGCGCCCACCUUCAUCAUACGCACGCCCACACUGCGUAUGCGCUAUCUUUACUUUCUGCUGGCCAUCUGGGGCAUAGUCACAUCGAACUUGUACAUCUCCCGGAUGACCAGCUACUUCACCACAGCGCCGCCAGUACGACUAAACACGGUGGCGGAUGUGGUGGAGGCCAAUCUGAGGAUCAAAAUGCUGGCCAUUGAGCACGAGAGGAUGGCCAAGUCGCCGCUGCACUAUCCACCAAGCUAUAUGCAACAGGUGGAUCUGGUGGACAAGCACAUGUUGGAUCUGCAUCGUGACCCAUUCAACACCUCCUAUGGCUACACGGUGAGCAGCGAUCGCUGGCGCUUUCUGGACCUGCAGCAGCUCCAUCUGCGGAAGCCCAUCUUCCGGUUGACGGACAUCUGCGAGGGACCAUUCUACCACGUGUUCCCGCUGCACAAGGACUCCCACAUGCGCUCGGUGAUGACCGAGUACAUCAUGAUUGCCCAGCAGGCGGGCCUCAUGAGCCACUGGGAGCGCGAGGCCUUCUGGGAGGCAGUGCAUCUGCACCGCAUCCAGGUGCACCUAUUCGACGAGGAGCCGAUGGCCCUCAGCCUAGACUUCUUCUCCAGCCUUCUGCGCACCUGGACCUUGGGCCUGAUCCUAGCCGGCCUGGCUUUUGCGGCCGAGAUGAAGUGGCACGAGCAUGUGACCUCAAGACGUCGUCCUGUUGUAGGGAUAAGCCGCAAGCCCAGGUCGUUUCUCAGGCGAUUCAUGAAGUUAUGA